CUUCGGAAAUGGGGUGCCAAAAGGAGCGCUUUGCAAUUUCUCUGCAGUGGAUUGUUUCAGUUCUCUUCAUUCUGUAUUCUGGUGUUACAGCAUUUGACUUCAACUAUUGCACUGACAAGGGAAAUGGCAUAAUUCAGGAUUUUGAAAAUCUGGGAAAGUGUUACCACUGUGAAGAUGGAUUUACAUAUUAUUCUGCGUGUCAUUCAGAUUACAUCUUCAGUCCCAUGAAUUCUCAGUGCAGGAUGUCUUUAUCUGCCCCUCUACCAGAUUUUUGCAAUGAAAAAGCAAACGGUCUUUUCCAAGAUAAAGAUAACAUUGCUGGUUUUUAUAGGUGUUCCAAAGGUGUCACUAUUUACAGGAUUUGUCCAAGCCCCCUUAUUUUUAAUAACAUUUCAUUGAUGUGUGACUUUCAUUCUGGUAAAUUCAAGUUGAACAAUUAUAAAGUAGUGUUAACUCAUGAUCUGAAAUACUGCGUGAAUAUGGAUGAUGGUUUCUAUUCCAACCCUGAAGAUAACGGAGGCUUCUAUCAGUGCAAUGAAAACAGGACUUCCUAUUUUUAUUGUAGCUCAGGACUUGUUUUUAGCCUGCUGAUCACUAACUGUGUGUUCCCAUCUACUGUUCCAAACCAGUUUUUCUGCAGUUCAUUGGAUGAUGGAAAAUAUCCUGACUUGAACAACUCAUUGUCUUUCUAUCAGUGUUUAAAUGGCUUCACUUGUUACAUGACCUGUACAGGGCAUUACAGUUCUAGCAAGUAUUCCUCAAUCUGUCAUACAUCCACAUAUACCUCUGUAUCAGUUACAACAGAAGAAAACCUGGGGUUUGAUGCAGAUUUUUGUUACCUUAAAAAAGAAGGAUAUUAUCCUGAUCCUAUGAACUAUACAAAUUUCUACCAGUGUGCAAAUGGCAACACUUAUUAUUUAAUUUGUGAAUUUGGCAGAAAUUUUAAUCCUGUUGUUCGUGAUUGUACCCUUCCUUUAGAUCCCCCCAUAUUAUCAUUUUGUAUUUUGAAACCUGAUGGUUUUUACAGGGACCCAGAAAAUGACAGCUGCUUUUAUCAGUGUGACAGCUGGAUACCAAACUAUCAGAGAUGCAGUUACAAAAAAAUAUUUAACAACACUAGCUUAACUUGUGAGGUAACACAUUAUAUAGAGUCCACCACACCAGUCUCUAAAACAGUGGAUAGUCAUGAAGGAACCUAUAAGCCCAAUACAAAAAACUCUACAGACGUAUCUAGAAGUGCUCCAUCUUUAGUGUUCUAUGAGCUGGACUUCUGCAUUCAAAAACCUGAAGGGUAUUACUCUAAUCCCUUGGAUCAAGAAGGAUACUACAAUUGUGUAGAUGGAAUAACUCUGUACUACAAGUGCAGAACUGGCUCCACAUAUAAUCCUUUAGUCAUUGGCUGCACCCAAAGUAUUACUACUCCCAACAUCACAUUUUGUAUUUUCAAAUCUAAUGGUAUUUACAUAGAUCCAUACAAUGAGCAAGGUUUUUAUGAAUGUAAUUUCUGGUUCGCUAAAUACCAAAAAUGUAUAUCCCCUAUGAUUUUUAAUCAUUCACUUUUAAUUUGCACUAGUUACUCAACUCUUCAAGCACCCACAACUGUUAAAAGUACGGGAACUGAGACUCCAUUUUUAACCUCAGAAAAUAGUUCAGUUAAUAUAAACAUUGUCACGUCACUCAAAACUGCAUCUCCCAGUACUAUUAUGCCUGAAGUGCUAUACACAAAAACUGUUUUGUCAGAAAUUGCAGGCCCUAGUAUAUUAAUGAAAUCGGUAGCAGUGGCUGCAACAAAUACACAUUCCACAGUAUCAAUGAAGGUAAAUAAUACAAGAGGCAUGAUCAAACCAACCACAAGAGAAUCAACAAAAGUAGAAAGAAGCUCAUCAAAGAUGGUAUCAACAUCUAAAACACUGUCAAUCACAAUCAUGGAGCAUCUUAAAGGAAGGAAGCGCACAACAACUGUUGAAACAAAUGGAGCCCUUGUUUACACGGUCAGUAUGAAAAAUAUUUCUGUGGGAGAAACUGUUUUAUCAAACAAAAUAGCUGCAGCUGGGACCACUGUGACUCAAUGGAAAAGAAUAGAACCUACUGUGCCAGACUCUCCCAAAGCAGGAGCAAGGAUAACCAGCACAUCUUGGGCAAUCGGCCCAUCAUUUACCUCUGCUGAUAAAUUACUGACAAGUGAUUUAAAGGAAUUAAGCAAAAUAACCACAGUUGAAAUGACAAUGGAAGAGAGAUUACCACCUAAGAUUAAUUCAGCAUUUACAAAUAAGCUGACAGCAACAACUGUGAAAUUAUCUCAGCCAAGUGAAUGCUCAACAACACUUAACUCAAAAGGGGCAACAGCAGUUCCUUUUAUAAAUACUAAGAAUAUUUUUAUUAGAACAACUAAUAUUCUUUUACAUUCAGAUGGUUCAAGUGGCUCUACUGGGACUCUGGCACAAACCACAAAACCUGUUUUACCAGAACCUCAACGAGUAAGCUCCACUAUAAAAUAUUCGACAAUGAUGACAUCAUUCAGACCUGUGACUAAACUGAAGUUUACAAAAGAAAUAACUGAUAAAUUCAUGGUGGACCCAACAAUGUUGAAGAGAAGCUCAUCCAGGAUGACUUCACUAUUUGAGCAUAAAUUGCUGGAAACAACCAUGGAGUCCCUUCAAGGAGAUGGACAUUCAACUGUUGUUCAGCGCAGUGAAGGAACUUCAAGGCUUUCUUUAAACAAUGGGAAUACUUCUACGGGAACAAUUAACACCCCCUCAUACCACACUGGUUCUCUUGGCUCAGUUGUAUUGCAUAUGCAAAACACGGACCCUGUUGUGUCAAUAACACAAAGAGCAAGGGUAACUAUGACACCAUUUACUUCUGUUGCUAAACUGUUAAUGGUGAAUGUUACAGAGAAUUUGACCAAAAUAACCCCAGUUGAAACGAGAAAGCUAGAGAGAACUUCAUUCAAGACAACAUCGGCACCUGCAAGUAUCUUGGAUAUAACCACAGAAUUACCUAAGCACAACAGAAGUUCAGCAACUGUUAUAUCAAGUAGAUCAACAGAAAGUCAUUUUAUUAGUACUGAGAAUAUUUUCAUUGCAGCAGCUAAUACUGUUUCACAUCAGAAUGGUUUUUCAAGCAGCACUGUGACUCAAGCCAUAAGUACAAAACCUACUGUGUUAGAAUCUCUAGGGGCAAGCAUAACUAUGAAAUCUUACACAAGUAGUGCAUCAUUUAAAUUUGUGGCUAACUUGAUGGGUGUAAAUGUUACCAAAAAAAUAAUUGAAACGAACCCAUUGGAAACAACAAGGGAGAAAAGCCCACUGAAGAUGACUUCAUCAUCUGCAAACCUAUUGCGUGUAAAAAACACAGUGUCCCAUCAAAGAAAAGGACAGUCAACCACUGUUCAGGCAAGGAGAGUGACUGCAGCUCCUUUUUCAUACGGUUGGACUACUUUCAUUGGAACAACUAAUAAUAUCCUGUUGCGCCGAACUGGUUCUCCAAGCACAGUUGCUCUUGAGCAAAACCUGUGGUAUGAUGCAGAUUUUUGUUUGUCUAAAAAAGGAGGAUAUUAUCCUGAUCCUAUGAACUAUACAAAUUUCUAUCACUGUGCAAAUGGCAAUACUUCCUAUUUAGUCUGUGAAUUUAACAGAAAUUUUAAUCCUAUUGUUCGUGACUGUACCCUUCCUUUAGCUCCCCCAAUAUUAUCAUUUUGUAUUUUGAAACCUGAUGGUAUUUACAGGGAUCCAGAAAAUGACAACUGCUUUUAUCAGUGUGACAGCUGGAUACCAAACUAUCAGAGAUGCAGUUUCCAAAAAAUAUUUAACAGCAUUAGCUUAAUUUGUGACAUAAUGCAUUCUGUACAGGACACUGCAUCAUUCUCUGAAAAAAAUGGAUAGUCAUGUAGGAGCCUGUAUGCCUAAUACAAAAAAAUCUCCACCUCGACUUCUGCAUUCAAAACCCGGAAUGGUAUUACUCUUAUCCCCUGGACCAACAAGGAUACUACUAUUGAGUGGAUUGAAUAACUCAGUACUACAAAUGCAGAACUUGCUCCACAUACAGUAUAAUCCUUUAGUCACUGGCUGCACCCAAAGUCCUGUUACUCUCAACAUAAUCUUUUGUAUUUCCAAAAAUAAUGGUAUUUAUCCAAAUCCAUACAAUAAACAAGGUUUUUAUGCAUGCAAAAAACUAAAAAAACAAAUGUUCAUCCCCAGUGUUUUUUGAUGAGACACUUUUAGUUUGUACUAGUUACUCAACUCUUCAAACUCCCACAACUAUUAAAAAAACAGGAACCGAGGCCCCUUUCUUGAGGGCAGAAAAUAGUUCAGUUAAUACAAAUUUUGUCACAUCACUCAAAGCUGCAGCUCCCAGUACUAUUAUGCCUGAAGUACUAUAUGCACAAACUAUUUGUCAGAAAUUGUAGGCCCCAGUUUAUUAAUGAAAUUGGUGACAGUGGAUGCAUCAAAUACACAUUCCUCAGAAUCAAUGACAGCAAAUAUUACAAGAGAAAAAAUCAUGGUAAAACUAGAGAGAAGCUCAUCCAAGAUGGUAAAAAACAUCUGAAGAAUUAUUGUCAACCACAGACAUGGAGCACCCUCAAGAAAAUUGGUGUACUAAUUGCUAAACCAAGUGGAUCCCUUGCAGUUCAAAUGGGCAGUACAGGAUAUAUUUCUGUGGGAGAAACUGUUUAAUCACACAUAACAGCUGCAACUGGGACCAGUAUGAGUCAAGUGAAAAGCCAAGAACCUACUGUGUCAGAAUCACAUAAAAUAGUAGCGAGAGUAACUACCACAUCUUGGACAAUCAUACCAUCUUUUACAUCUCCUAAUAAACUGUUGGGGGUAAGUGUUACAAAGAAAUUUGGUAAAAUAAUCCCAGUUGAAGCAACAAUGAAAGAGAGUAGUCCACCCAAGAUGACUUCGCAUCAAUCAACAGCAUCAAUCUUGAAAUUAUCCCAGCUGAGUGGAAGUUUAACAACACUUAACUCAAAAGCUGCAACAGCAGCUCCUUUUAUAAAUGCUAAGAGUAUUUUCAUUAGAACAAAUAUUCUUUUGCAUUCAAAUGGUUCAAGUGGCUAUAUUGGGACUCUGGCACAAAGGACAAAGCUGUUUUAUUAGAAUCUCAAAAAGUAAACUCAAUUAUAAAAUUUUGGGCAAUGACAGCAUUGUUCAGACCUGUGACUAAACUGAUGCUUAAAAAAGAAAUGACUGAUAAAACCA